AUGCCGAAACGGAAGAAGCAGACUCCGCUGCAGCCGCCGCCCCAGGUGCCCGAGCCGGAGGAGGCUGGGGACCCCGUGGCCAAUGGAAAGCCUGGGGACCCCACUUCAGCUCUCCGCAGAGGUCCCCGGGGACCAAGGGGACGGAUGAUUCCACCACUGCCGAGUCUCCCACCUCCUCCCCGGGGCAGAGGCCCAGUGUGGGGAGGCUUAGGCCCCAGGUCUCGCCCACAUGGUCGAGGUUGGGGGGUCGGUGCAGAGCCUCCUUCUCCGGGACCAGACCAAGGUAGUCUCCCCAGGGGAGGCUUUCACAAAGAACGGAGACAUCCUGGAAGGCUCCAAAGCUGGUCGCUUGUCAAGAAUGCCUCCCCCCUCGAGGAUGAACCCCCGGUUUUGGAAGACAAAUCUAACCGCCCAGUCUGCCGACACUUUGCCAAAGGCCACUGUCUGUAUGAGGACCUCUGUGCCUUCUACCACCCAGGCGUCAACGGGCCCCCUCUGUGA